GCCGUCCUCCAGCCUGGAGGGGCCUCACGGCAGCGGGUACGAACACCCGGCCAAGGACUAAACAGCACCGCCGCCUCCUCGCCGGCCACUCUCCACCCCUAAGGAAAGCCGAGGCAGGGGAGACAAGAGGGAGGAAGGAAGAGCGAGCCGAAGCGAGCGGGAAGCCAGGGCUCGGGUCGCCGCGGGACAGUCCGGCCCGGAGGAGGCUGCGCCCGGGGCGGUGGCGGGAGGAGCGCGGGGCGGCGUCCCCGGGUUGCGCCGAGCUCCCGGCCCACGGCUGCAGAAAGGCGUCUUGGUGCCCCUGGUCGGCCUCACGCACCUGCCCGCGGCCGGCGCCCCACUCACCUGGUCUGCGGGGCCCCCUUCCCCGUCGCCGCCGCUGCAGCCAGAGCGGAGCUCCGCGGGCCUGGAGCACGGCCGGGUCUAAUAUGCCCGGAGCCGAGGCGCGAUGAAGGAGAAGUCGAAGAAUGCGGCCAAGACCAGGAGGGAGAAGGAAAAUGGCGAGUUUUAUGAGCUGGCCAAGCUGCUCCCGCUGCCAUCGGCCAUCACCUCGCAGCUGGACAAGGCGUCCAUCAUCCGACUCACCACGAGCUACCUGAAGAUGCGCGCUGUCUUUCCAGAAGGUUUAGGAGACGCGUGGGGACAGCCGAGCCGCGCGGGGCCCCUGGACAGCGUCGCCAAGGAGCUGGGAUCGCACCUGCUGCAGACUUUGGAUGGAUUUGUUUUUGUGGUAGCAUCUGACGGCAAAAUCAUGUAUAUUUCGGAAACAGCUUCUGUACAUUUAGGCUUGUCCCAGGUGGAGCUCACGGGCAACAGCAUUUAUGAGUACAUCCAUCCUUCCGACCACGAUGAGAUGACUGCUGUCCUGACAGCCCACCAGCCUCUUCACCAUCACCUGCUCCAAGAGUAUGAGAUCGAGAGGUCGUUCUUUCUUCGAAUGAAGUGUGUCUUGGCGAAAAGAAACGCCGGCCUGACCUGCAGCGGAUACAAGGUCAUACACUGCAGCGGCUACUUGAAGAUCAGGCAGUAUAUGCUGGACAUGUCCCUGUACGACUCAUGCUACCAGAUCGUGGGGCUGGUGGCCGUGGGCCAGUCACUGCCGCCCAGCGCCAUCACUGAGAUCAAGCUGCACAGCAACAUGUUCAUGUUCAGGGCCAGCCUCGACCUGAAGCUGAUAUUCCUGGAUUCCAGGGUGACCGAGCUGACUGGGUACGAGCCACAGGACCUGAUCGAGAAGACCCUGUACCAUCACGUGCAUGGCUGCGAUGUCUUCCACCUGCGAUAUGCGCACCACCUCUUGCUGGUGAAGGGCCAGGUCACCACCAAGUACUACCGGUUGCUGUCCAAGCUUGGCGGCUGGGUGUGGGUGCAGAGCUGCGCCACCGUCGUGCACAACAGCCGCUCGUCCCGGCCCCACUGCAUCGUGAGUGUCAAUUAUGUCCUCACGGACAUCGAAUACAAGGAACUGCAGUUGUCCCUGGACCAGGUGUCCACGUCCAAGUCCCAGGACUCCUGGAGGACCGCCUUGUCUACCUCACAAGAAACUAGGAAAUUAGCUAAACCCAAAAACAUGAAGAUGAAGACAAAGCUGAGAACAAACCCUUACCCCCCACAGCAAUACAGCUCGUUCCAAAUGGACAAACUGGAAUGCGGCCAGCUCGGAAGCUGGAGAGCCAGCCCCCCCGUCCACACCCCAGUUCCCCCAGAACAGCAGCUCCAUUCAGAAGGCGGCGACCUUCUGUACGCCCCGUCCUACAGCCUGCCCUUCUCCUACCAUUACGGACACUUCCCUCUGGACUCUCACGUCUUCAGCAGCAAAAAGCCAAUGUUGCCGGCCAAGUUCGGGCAGCCCCAAGGAUCCCCGUGCGAGGUGGCACGCUUUCUGCUGAGCACGCUGCCGGCCAGCGGCGAGUGCCAGUGGCACUAUGCCAACCCCCUAGUGCCGGGCAGCCAGUCUCCAGCUAAAAGCCUUUCCGAGCCGCCGGUGAACCCUGCUCGGCACAGCCUCGUGCCAAACUACGAAGAACACUGCAACUGGCAUCCUGUGAUUGGACCUCGCGGGCCCGGCACGCACGCGGGAAGGGGCGAGGGCGGCUCCGGGGCUCGAGCGCGCGGGCGGCAGGGGUGGCCCAGGGGUGGUGGCGGCCCCAGGGCCCCCCGGCUUGGUGUCGCUCUGGGCAUGUCCCCCUCCUCCCCCGCGCGGGCGUCUAACGUGUCGCCUGUCCCCGCAGCGCCCGCCGCCGCCGCGCGCAGGUUCGGCGAGGAUACCGCGCCACCGCUGCCGAGCUUCCCGAGCUGCGGGCACUACCGCGAGGAGCCGGCGCUGGGCCCGGCCAAGGCCGCCCGCCAGGCCGCCCGCGACGGGGCGCGGCUGGCGCUGGCCCGCGCGGCCCCCGAGUGCUGCGCGCCGCCGGCCCCCGAGCCGCCGGGCACGCCGGCGCAGCUGCCCUUCGUGCUGCUCAACUACCACCGCGUGCUGGCCCGCCGCGGGCCGCUGGGGGGUGCUGCGCCAGCCGCCCCCACCCUCGCCGGCGGCCCCGGCGCCCCCGAUGCGGGGGCCGGCGCGCUGCGACCCCGGGCCCCCGACCCCGCCGCUGCCGCCUCGCCGCCCGGCGCGCCCCUGCCGCACUACCUGGGCGCCUCGGUCAUCAUUACCAACGGCAGGUGACCCGCCCGGGCCGGACCGCAGAGUCCUGGGGCCGCCCCGCCUCGCGCGGGGCUGCCCGCGGGGAGAAGCCAUAGGCCAGCCUCUUUGGCUCCCAUUUUACCAAGUCCAGUCGAGUCAAGAGGGGCGAGAUGUAUAUGCACGAUUUAAAUUAAUUUAUACAGAGACAACUAUUUUACUAGAACUCCACCGCCGACUUUUGGAUUUUUACCGUAGAUGCCAUAACCGUCCGUGUAGAGGACAGAGACACGGCGACGUUGGGGAGACGUGACCGCCCGACCUUUGUUCCGCAAGAGCCGGGUUUUCUGAAAGGGCGUAGCUGAGCGUCCCCGACCGCCCACGUGUGGCCUCAACUACUCCGUCUUUGGGGGGGACUUGGUUUCCUCACCUUGAAAUCAGGCUUGCGCGCCUUGCGUGUCCCCGAUGUUCAGUAACAGUCCCUCUGGGGGCUUGGAGGAGGCGCCGCUCCUCAGAUGCCCUCCACUUUGCGGAGGAAACCCCACCCUGAUGCAGUCAGGGGUGCCGGUGGGUGGCCGACCUGGAAGCUUCCUGUAUCCAGAGUCCUUUUAGAUUAAGUCAAGGCAGAAUGUGAUGAUUUAAGUCCCAUGAACGGACAACUCCGUUGUCUUUAAAAGUCAUUCAUGAGUCUAAUUAAAAGCUGUUGUUUUAAUUUAACCCUUUCCUUAAUACAAACAUCAAGCCCAGACAAGGGGGUGAACGUGGGUGUGCUUCACGAGUACGUUCACAGGCUCUUAUUCCCUCCUACCCCAUGAACUCUUGAGAACAGCACCUUCAGAAAUAUAUGGAAUAGGCA